AUGCCGUGCUGGACAGAAGAUCAUAAGAAAAUUCAGACCACUAAAGUUUUGGUUGUUGGCGCGGGUGGAAUCGGCUGUGAAUUGCUGAAAAAUUUGGCAGCUACUGGCUUCAAACAUGUGCACGUCAUUGAUCUCGACACUAUCGACGUCUCCAACUUGAAUCGUCAAUUUUUGUUCCGAAAAGAGCACGUCUCCAGCUCAAAAGCUGAAAUUGCAACUCGAGUUAUCAAGAAAUUCAACCCAGAUAUCAAUCUAACAUUCGAUCAUAGCAGCAUCUUUGAGGAGCGAUUCAAUAUUGCUUUUUAUGGAAAUUUCGACAUCGUUCUCAAUGCGCUGGAUAACAAACAAGCCAGAAAUCAUGUGAAUCGUAUGUGCCACUCUGCGCGUACUCCACUCGUCGAAUCGGGAUCGGCAGGAUUCUUCGGACAGGUUCAGGUCAUUUUGAAGGACAAGACUGAGUGCUAUGAGUGUCAGGAGAAGCCGAAGCAGAAGACGUUCCCUGGAUGCACGAUUCGGAACACGCCGUCUGAACAUAUUCAUUGCACGGUGUGGGCGAAGCACGUCUUCAGUCAACUCUUCGGCGAAGUGGACAUUGACGAUGAUGUGUCUCCUGACUUGAAAGCCGAAGAAGCUGAGCAUCCAGAAGCGGAUUCUCAAGAUGACGAAGCCGCCAAAGAAUCAGUUCCAAUUGGAACACGACAGUGGGCGGAAGGUGUGAAUUUCGACGCUGAGCAAAUCUUCAACAAGCUAUUCGUCCAGGACAUUCACUAUCUCCUCAAAAUAAAUCAUCUCUGGAAGACAAGAAAACCACCAACUCCUCUCUCAUUCUCUGAUGCAUUGAAACUCGGUGAUUCUUUGCCAUUCUCCGAAUCCCAGAAGAAUCAAACCUCCGUCUGGAGCAUUGCCACGUGUGUCAAGAUGUUUGAAGCAUGUAUUCAGGAGCUUAAAAAAGAGGCCAAUGCGAAUCCAGAUGAGCCAUUGUCAUUUGAUAAGGAUCAUCCGAUUAUUAUGUCUUUUGUGGCAGCAUGUGCUAAUGUCAGAGCACAUAUUUUCAAUAUUCCUACAAAGUCGGCAUUUGAGAUUAAGGCUAUGGCUGGAAACAUCAUCCCUGCAAUCGCUUCUACAAACGCCAUCGUCGCUGGAAUGAUUGUGACAGAAGCUGUGAAGAUUAUCGAAGGACGCGAGGACGAAGUGAAGAAUUCGGUCAUCGUGGCCAAGCCAACAACGCGUGGACAAGUAUUCAUGUUUGCGAAUAUGAACAAGCCAAAUCCCCGUUGCUACGUAUGCUCAGAUACGAAGGAAGUGUUCCUCUAUGUCAAUUUGGCUGAAAUGACGCUUAGCGGUCUUUGCGAGAAGGUUUUGAAGCAGGAGCUGAAUAUGUUGGCACCGGACGCCAUCGAAAGCAACACUAACAGUAUUGUUCUGAGUUCCGAUGGUGAGACGGAUCCUUUGAUGUCGAAGAAACUCGCGGAGCUCAGCAUUAUGGAUGGAUCGAUUCUGGCGUGUGACGACUUCAUGCAAGACUUUGGUGUGAAGGUUUUCGUUUGCAAAAAUUCGAAUUUCAAGGGAGAUCAAUUUGAAAUUGUUAGAGAAAUGAAGAAGCCCGUUGAUAAGGAAGAAGAUGAAGAGAAGAAAUCAGAGGAGGAGAACAAGAAAGAGGAUGAGGAUCGUAGAAAGAGAAAGGUCGAAGAGCAGUCGACUAAGGUCGACGAUGAACCAGAAAUCAAAAGAAACCGAGUUGAAGAAGUUCAAGCUCAAGGAAUCGAAGUUAUGGAAUAG